AUGGGGUCUUUGAAGUUUGUUACAGUGUCUGUAUUGGUGAAUGGAAGCCCAAGCGACGAGUUUGUUCCGGAAAGAGGAAUUAGGGAUCCCCUAGCACCCUUUCUAUUUCUAAUUGUGGUGGAAGGUUUGAAUGGGUUGGUUAAGAAGGCGGCCAGUAUGAAAAAACUAUCUGGGGUCAAGGUGGGCAAGAAUCAGGAGGUGGAGGUGUCAAUUCUACAGUUUGUUGAUGACACAAUUUUCUCUGGAGAGGCAUCGCUUGAGACUGUUAGCACAUGGAAGUGUAUCUUGCGUUGUUUUGAGUUAGCUUCUGGGUUAAAAAUCAACUUCAAGAAAAGCAGUUGUGGGGGAAUUGCGGUGGAUGGGGGGUGUUGA